AUGCCGAACUAUGUCAAGUUCUUAAAAGACAUUUUGACGAAGAAAAGGAGGUUGGGAGAGUUUGAAACUGUAGCUCUUACCGAAGGAUGCAGCGCCAUGUUGAAAAGUAAGAUUCCACCGAAGUUGAAGGAUCCGGGUAGUUUUACAAUCCCUUGUUCUAUUGGGGGGCGGGAUGUUGGAAGAGCCUUAUGUGAUUUGGGUGCAAGCAUCAACCUCAUGCCUAUGUCGAUCUUUAAGAAGUUGGGUAUUGGUGAAGCACGUCCUACAACUGUUACAUUGCAACUUGCUGACAGGUCCAUGGCCCAUCCGGAAGGAAAAAUAGAAGAUGUUCUAGUACAGGUUGACAAGUUCAUUUUUCCAGCUGAUUUCAUCAUCCUAGACUAUGAAGCUGAUCGAGAUGUGCCUAUUAUCUUGGGUCGACCAUUCCUUGCUACCGGGAGAACUCUGAUUGAUGUGCAAAAUGGGGAGCUCACAAUGAGGGUGAAUGAUCAAAAAGUCACCUUUAAUGUGUUCAAUGCUAUGAGAUUUCCGGAUGAGAUAGAAGAGUGUUCCCGCAUAAGUGUAAUUGACUCGCUAGUGGCUGAAAAAUUUCACAAGGAAGCUUGGAGGGAUGAGAAAUUUAUAAGUUCUUUUGAUGAGCUUGAAGACUUGAGUGAAGAUGAAGACAACCAAGUUGCUUGGGUGGAGCCAUCGCAACCUAUUUCUAACUUCAAGAAGCCCUUUGAAUCUUUGGAGUUGAAGGAAAUAUGCCUAUUUGGGGGAGAAUGA